GGGAACGGGUGGUUACGCCCACCGGAAAACUGUCUCUGCAGUGCCAGCAGAAAAUGAAAAGGAGGCAGGCUCGACAUCUCUUUUAUUGAGUUUAUUUCUCAUAUCGAUUAUCCUGCCCGUUUGUGUUUUGAAUGCCACAGUCGUGCGGAGACACCCGGUGGCAUGACUGGACUCCCGAGUGCGCGGUUUGAUGAAGUAGUGCGCCGCCUGAGCUGGAAACAUCGCGCCGGCCGAGAGUAGAGCUGUGUGGGUGAAGGCAGAGCGUUUCUGCCUCCUUCAAUGACCAACCUUCAGUGCUGGCGAUAAAAGCUUCGCUGGCGACACCGUAACCAACCAUGGGAGGCUACCAUGAGUACCCUUAAUUAGCUUGCUGCCCAGCUCUUAGCCCGUAGGAUAACGGUUUCACUAUGGCCGACCGGCGGUGCUCCAUGCGCCUUUUAGUCGCCUGAUAUUAACCCGACAGGCCUGCUUUUUCCAUCUGGAAGUUUCUUGGCAGGGGAAAGCAGGCCAGCUAGCAUCGCUAGCGUUUGCCUUUCCCGUGCUGCAUCUCUGGGCUUUAACGGUGCAGAUUUGCCCAUGACCACACCGUUGACACUGCAGUCCAACAAUUCGGGGACUUUUUAAUUCCAAGAAGUAUUUUAUGGGAUUUAUAUCGGCGAAUGAGAGACGGGCCUAAGCCAAGAUGGUGAACUGGAGGCGGCUGCUGCGAAUGUCCAACCGAUCGUUUCUGGCCUUCAUAUUCUUCUUCUCCAUGUCCACCACUUGUCUCUACUUCAUUUACGUGGCUCCUGGAAUAGCCAACACGUACUUCUUCAUGGUGCAGGCUCAGGGCAUCAUGUUGAGGGACAAUGUGAGGACCAUCGGCCAGAUGAUCCGGUUGUACACCAACAAGAACAGUACACUCAACGGGACGGACUAUCCUGACGGCAGUAACUCCAGUGAAUACCUGGUGCAGCCAACCACGUACCUCCCUGAGAACUUCACCUACGCCCAGAACCUCCCCUGCCCACAGCGAUUACCUUCUAUGAAGGGCCUUAUGGAAGUGAACAUGACAGAGAUCCCUAUGGAGGAGAUAGAACUCCAGUUCUCCAAGUUCUUUGACAUGGAGUUUGGAGGCCAUUGGAAACCAAAGGACUGCAGACCUCGCUGGAAGGUGGCCAUCCUGAUUCCAUUUAGAAACCGGCAUGAACAUCUCCCCAUCCUAUUCCAACACCUCAUCCCCAUGCUGCAGAGACAGCGGCUGCAGUUUGCCUUCUACGUCAUCGAACAGAGCGGGAGCCAGCCCUUCAACAGAGCCAUGCUGUUUAACGUGGGCUUCCUGGAGGCCAUGAAGGACUUGGACUGGGACUGCCUGAUCUUCCACGAUGUUGACCACAUCCCUGAGAACGACCGAAACUACUACGGCUGUGGUCAGAUGCCCCGCCACUUUGCUGCCAAGCUGGACAAAUACAUGUACAUUCUUCCAUACAGCGAGUUCUUUGGUGGGGUGAGUGGACUCACUGUGGAGCAGUUUCGCAAGAUUAACGGCUUUCCCAAUGCAUUCUGGGGCUGGGGAGGAGAGGAUGACGACUUGUGGAACAGGGUUCACUAUGCUGGUUUGAAUGUCACGCGACCGGAUGGAGAGAUCGGCAAGUACAAGUCCAUUCCUCACCACCACAGAGGGGAGGUGCAGUUCCUCGGGAGGUAUAAGCUGCUGAGGUAUUCCAAAGAGCGCCAACACCUGGACGGCCUCAACAACCUCCACUACAGCCCCCACAUCUCCCUCAGCAGCCUCUACAAGAACGUCACGGUGGAGCUGUCCCCCGAGCUUGCCCCCAUCAUAGACUACUGAACUGCCCCCGGCCCGUCCUCCACACCCCCCAGGCCACCGAGUUCCCCUCCGGCCUGGCCUCCCAGCAUUCGGUCAUUCAGAGGCAGAGAGGUGGGGGAGGGGGGGGUGCACAGGCCG